AUGGCUUAUGAUAUGUAUCACGUCCCUCUUUGUGUAUUGUGUUUAGUCAAUGCUGGAACCAACAAGGCGGCUUCAAGCGGCACAUCUCUCAACACAAAAGCGCUUGAUGAUGACACUGAGAACCUUACUCAUGAACGUGUGACUACUGAGCUAAAGAAAGCGAUUAUGCAAGCCCGCACAGAGAAGAAGCUGACAGUCUCAACUUGCUCAAAUUAUCAAUGA